UGUGUUUUGGUUUUCUUUUCUUUUCUUUUCAUAUAUUUCAAACCUAGGUAUCUUCAUCAAUGGAAGAUCAAGCUCCAGACCGUAAUAGUCCGAGCCAUGUUUCAGAGAGGAGUGAACCAGUCCGGUCGAGGUGGACACCGAAGCCAGAACAAAUCCUCAUACUCGAGUCCAUCUUCAAUAGUGGCAUGGUGAACCCUCCCAAGGACGAAACCGUGAGAAUAAGAAAGUUGCUCGAGAAAUUCGGUGCUGUUGUUGAUGCCAAUGUGUUCUACUGGUUCCAAAACCGACGUUCGAGGUCUCGCCGCCGCCAACGACAGCUGCAAGCCGCCGGAGCUAGUGAACAAAGAAAUAAUAACCAAUCACAACCAUUUGCUGGCGGCGGCAGCGGUGGUGCAAUUCAGUUUGAACAUAGUGAUGUCUCUAACUUCAGUUCUUUCCCACCUUUCCUCGUUGGUUCAUCUUCUUCCUAUGGUGUUAUGAGUGAUGAUGGCAUGGAAAAUCUUCUCUCCAUAUCCCCUCAAAUGGGGUUUCAAGAUCAAAUCUCGAGCAUCACAUCGGUUUUGUGCCCAUCGGAAAUCUCGAAUUUGCAAUAUCAAUCCGGGUUCAUCACAGUGUUCAUCAAUGGAGUACCAAGUGAAGUUCCAAGGGGUUCACUGGACAUUAAGGCCAUGUUUGGACAAGAUGUAGCGUUGGUCCACUCCUCUGGUGUGCCUCUCCCCAUGAAUGACUUUGGGUUUUUGCUUGAGAGCUUGGUUCCUGGUGAAAGUUAUUUCCUUGUUUCAAGAACACCGUGAAGAGGAAUUGAAGCUGCAAAAAUAUGUAUAUGUAUUUUUAGUUUUGAAUUUUGAGAAAAAAUGAUUGAUAUUUGCAGGGUUUUCUAUACAUAAAUCUAUAGAAAACCAUUUCUAAACCAAGAGAGAUUAGU